UCCUACAACAAAAUAACAACCAUUUUCUCAUAAAAUGGCUUCCUCUGCUUGGAUUCUAUUUGCAUUCUUGGCUUUCUUGAGCCUCAUGAACGAUGCUCGUCUCUUUUGCAAGGGUGAUCCUACUGAUGGGUUUACAGCAGUUCCGCUGACACAACGCAACUUUGAACUACAAUGGCCGUAUAAUCUGCCUCUAAACGAUCGGUACAGUGACACUGAUGGCGUUCGCAAGUUUUGGGUGUACUCCACAGACAAACCCCUUCGGCCAGACAGUGCAACAAAACCGCGGAGCGAGCUUCGUAUUAAAGGAUAUGACUACUCAUCUGGAGUGUGGCAGUUUGAAGGCUAUGCUUAUGUGCCGAAAGGCACCACUGGAACUUCAAUCAUGCAGAUCCACAGAUUCUCAGGACCAGCCACAAUAUUGAUGCUGAAGGUCUACGAUGGCCAGUUGAAGUUUUACACAAGAGCUGUAGUCGAAUCCGACAUCUAUGACCGUUGGAUGAGGAUUAAUGUGAUACAUGAUGUGGAUGCAAAUAAGCUAACGGUGUUUGUUGAUGGGGUUCAAAAGUUUGAGACGCGAGGAAACGGGAAAGGAUCCUUUGAUUUCAAGUGUGGGGUGUACACCCAGACUGAGCCAAGCCACUACAUGGAAUCGAGGUGGAGGAACGUCACGGUCUUGAAGAAGCAAGGGUGAAAUUGUGCGAGUUUGAGCAUUCAAGUAGCUAUCCUAUAAUUAUGUUCGUAAUUUCAGUGGUAUCAUGUUUGUCCUCAAGGGUGUCCCUUGAUGACUGGUAGGAAGUCAUUUACUAAGAUCAAAGAUUGAAGAGUCUAGUCUAUUAUGAUGCAAUUAAAGUGGCUAAGAUUCGUUGGAUCAAAAGUUGUAUGUGAAGCGAGUGCAGCCUAGCCAUUUGGUUUGAACUCGUAUCGAUAUUGCCUUAGGUUUUCUAAAAUAUCUUCCACAAGUUGCACUGCGUUGGGGUUUUAGCUUAUAAU